AUGGACAAGACUCGGAUAAGUUGUACCGACAGAUUGAGCAAUGUGUAUGAGAAAGGAGUCAAGAAUUUUCUUCAAUUUGCUUUUAAGGACAAAGAACCAGAUGAUGAAAUUCCUUGUCCUUGUAAGACAUGCAACAAUGUUCUCUACCACACUAGAGAUGAAGUAGAGGACCAUUUAAUAUUUACUAGGAUAGUCCCUUCGUAUACUCGAUGGCUUCAUCAUGGAGAAUUUGCAGCUAAAAAGCAAAAAACUAAUAAUAAUGAAGUAGAACAAAAGGAUGUAAGCAGAGAGCAACGUAAAGAUAUAUUUGAGAUGAUUAAUGAUAUUGUUGGCCUUGAUAUCAUGGAUGAUUGUACUGAGGUUAAUUUUAAACAAGAUGAUACUUCAGAACCUACUUUAAAAUUUUCUAAAUUGUUGGAGGAUGCUGCACAACAACUCUAUCCUGGUUGCGAAACAUUCUCCAAGUUAUCACUAAUUAUUGAAAUUUUUCAAAUUAAGUGUCUUCAUGGGUUGAGUGAUAAAGCAGUUGAUAGCACACUGAAAUGGAAAUCAGUUGAAGGUCAAAAAGCUAAUGGCACUACUCAAAGAAAGGCUGAGAACAAAGUUCCUCAAAAAGUGUUACGUUACUUUCCCUUGAAAUCAAGAUUACAAAGGUUAUUUAUGACAUCAGAAAUAGCUUCAGAUAUGACAUGGCAUGAUGAUCGUCUUUCGAAAGAUGGGGUUCUUAGACAUCCAACAGACUCUGAGGCGUGGAAACAGUUGGAUAUGUCUAAUCCGGGCUUUGCUAAAGAUCCUCGAAAUGUUAGACUUGAUUUAGCAGCUGAUGGAAUGAAUCCUUUUGCUUCAAGAAAUAAUAUCGACGUAUACUUAGAACCAUUGAUAGAUGAGUUGCGAGAAUUAUGGUUUUGUGGAGUAAAUACAUAUGAUGCUUCAAGAAAAGAGAAUUUUUGUAUACGGGUAGCACUCUUGUGGACAAUAAAUGAUUUUUCCGCUUAUGCCAACUUGUCUGGAUGGAACACAAAGGGAGCUUUGGCUUGCCCUUUAUGCAACAAAGACACUCCAUCUACUCGAUUGAAGUAUGGUCAUAUUGAAGGAAAAACAAAAGAUAAUCUUAAUGUUUGUCUUGAUUUGAAGGAAAUGGGUAUAAGAAAAGAUUUGCAUCCAACACAAAGAGAUGAAAGAUGGUAUUAUCCAACAGUAUGUUAUACUUUAUCACCAGAUGAAAAGUCUAAGGUAUGCAAGUUCUUGAAAAAGGUUAAGGUUCCAAAUAGUUAUUCUUCCAAUAUAUCAUGGUGGGUGAAGUCAGAGGAUCGUAAAAUUUAUGGACUAAAGAGUCAUGAUUCACAUAUUUUGUUGGAACAAUUACUUCCUUUUUCAAUUCGUGGAGUUGUGCCUAACAAUGUCUAUGAUGCUAUCACUGAGUUAAGUAUUUUCUUCAGAGAGUUGUGUUCGAAAAAAUUGAGGAUUAAUGUGUUGGAUCAACUUGCAACUCAAAUUCCAAUAACAUUGAGCAAAUUAGAGAAAAUAUUUCUACCAACAUUUUUUGAUGUUAUGGUGAACUUAGUUGUUCAUCUUCCAAGAGAGGCGAAGCUUGCUGGACCUGUAAAAUAUAGGUGGAUGUACCCAAUAGAGCGAUUCUUGCGCAGUUUGAAAUUUUACAUUCGUAAUAUAAAUCAACCCGAAGGAUCUAUUGCAGAAGGAUACAUUGUUGAAGAAAGUCUAAUAUUUUGUUCAAGGUACUUACAUGGAAGUGUGAAAGGGUAUAAUCGAAUGGACAGGAAUUAUGAAAAUAAUCAUGUCGAUCCAUACAAUGGAUUAUCAAUUUUUGAACAAAAAGGUUCUCCUUUAUUAAAAGAUAAAUCCAGAAAUCUUGAAGAGUUUGAGCGAUAA